UCUGAAGAGAAACGAGUUCCGGGUUCUUUCCAGCCGAGAGCUGCUCGCGACUGCUUCUGCUUUUUUGUUUGUUUGUUGUUGUUUAUAUCACGGCGUUCACACCAUGUCUCUUUUGCUGGAUAACCAAUUCAAAGAGCUGCCUCCCGACAAGUCCGUAGACACAAAGUUAUUCCUGGAGGCUGUCUCUCACCUCCCUUCAUUUUUCGACUGCUUGGGAUCAAAAGUAUUUUCAAUCAUCAAAUCGGACAUUAAUGGCAAUAUAACGAAAAUUAGAGCCGUAUAUGUUAAGGAUCCUGCAAAGUAUGUGACCCUGGAGGACAUCGUGGUGUCUGAGCGAGAAGCCCACCCAGCAGAGUGGCCUAAAGUUGGAGCAACAUUAGCUCUGAUGUGGCUGAAAAGGGGUCUCCGUUUCAUACAGAUCCUGCUGCAGAGUUUGGCAGAUGGAGAAAUGGAUGAGAACAACCCCAACCUAAUUCGGGUUAAUGUCACCAAAGCCUAUGAACAUGCGCUGAAGAAAUACCAUGGCUGGAUUGUUCAGAAGAUUUUCAAUGCAGCAUUAAUUGCAGCUCCCUACAGAUCAAACUUCCUCAAGGCUCUUUCAAAAGGGGAGGAAGUGAAAGAGGAGGACUGUCUGGAAAAUGUGCGUCAGUUCCUGGUUAAUUACACAACCACUGUAGAUGCCAUCUACGACAUGUACGGAAAUCUGAACGCAGAGCUGGACUACACUGUUUGAUGUCCCAAGGAAGGACACAACUGGACUGGAUGCGGAGGAGUGUCCUGCAGCAUUACGCUAUCUGUUAGACAAGUCCAGUUUUUAAUGGGACUGUUUUAUUUUUUUCUCUUCAGUGUGGUAUUUAUUGCUUUGAUUAUGCCUUACUUACUAUUACACUGUGUAUUUGGUCUCAAAGUACAUGCCUUAACAGAUUGUUUUUGUUCUUGUACAGAAUUUCAAGUAAUUUCCUGAUUGUCACAGCACAGCACUCUUAUGCAUAUUUAUGUUUUAUUGUGUGGUUUGCUGCUGUAUUUAUGACAUUAACAGGUGGCUUUCACCUGUUCCAUCAAGAGAAGAAUACAAGACUAACAUUAUUACAGGAAGCCAUUUUUUUUGGUUAAUGCCUCUCAUUCAGAUGUUCUCUGCCUCCUGAGCCCUGUUACCCAGUAGUCAUUUUAAAUUUUAACGACCCAUUUCAGUUGUGUAUUUAUAGCUGGAAUCCACUUAGUGCCUUGGUGUUACUAAAGAAAUACACUAUUUUCAAAUUCAGAAUUCAUAUAUUUGCAAUUGUAUUUCACCUACAAAAUAAAAUGUCUGAGUUCUGAGAUCUA